AAUCCAACAUCGAACUGAUCUUCUCCUCCAUCGAGACUCUUCGCCGACUUCGAACGAAUCUUCACUGAAGCUCGAAGACUUGGACAUCGAGGGGGACUCGAGAGGAUAUAAAAUCAAGCGAAAAUGUCUCGAAAAGGAUUAAUGGAGCAAGACCUUAGUAAGCUGGACGUGAACACGCUGACCCCGCUGUCGCCGGAGGUGAUUUCUCGUCAAGCUACUAUUAAUAUUGGUACUAUUGGUCAUGUGGCUCAUGGAAAGUCAACUGUGGUGAAAGCAAUAUCUGGGGUUCAGACUGUUCGCUUUAAGAAUGAGUUGGAGCGAAAUAUUACUAUCAAACUGGGUUACGCUAAUGCAAAGAUUUAUAAAUGUGAAGAUGAUAGAUGUCCUCGACCAAUGUGUUACAAGGCUUAUGGAAGUGGAAAAGAAGACAGUCCCUUAUGUGAUGUGCCAGGAUUUGAGAAUGCUAGAAUGAAGCUGUUGAGGCAUGUUUCAUUUGUGGAUUGCCCGGGUCAUGACAUUCUCAUGGCUACAAUGCUUAAUGGUGCUGCUAUCAUGGAUGGAGCAUUGCUACUAAUCGCUGGUAAUGAAAGCUGCCCACAGCCCCAAACUUCUGAGCACCUCGCUGCAGUUGAGAUCAUGCGCCUUGAGCACAUUAUAAUUCUGCAGAAUAAGAUUGAUCUUAUCCAGGAAAGUGUAGCAAUUAAUCAGCAUGAAGCUAUUCAGAAGUUCAUUCAGGGAACAAUUGCAGAUGGUGCUCCUGUAGUGCCGAUCUCUGCUCAGUUGAAAUAUAAUAUUGAUGUUGUUUGCGAGUAUAUUGUGAACAAAAUCCCGAUCCCUAGGAGGGACUUCACAUCGCCACCAAACAUGAUCGUAAUUCGUUCUUUUGAUGUGAAUAAGCCUGGAUCUGAGGUUGAUGAGAUAAAAGGUGGCGUUGCUGGUGGAAGUAUCCUCAGGGGAGUUUUGAAAGUGAACCAAUUCAUUGAAGUGCGACCUGGUAUUGUGCUGAAAGAUGAAGGUGGCAACAUCAAAUGUACUCCCAUAUAUUCGAGAAUCGUCUCAUUGUAUGCUGAGCAAAAUGAACUCCAGUUUGCGGUUCCUGGGGGCCUCAUUGGAGUAGGUACCACAAUGGAUCCAACCUUGACCCGUGCUGAUAGGCUUGUGGGUCAAGUUCUUGGUGAAGUUGGUUCACUGCCUGAUGUUUUUGUUGAGCUCGAGGUUAACUUUUUCCUGCUGCGGAGGCUGUUGGGUGUGAGAACAAAAGGCACAGAGAAGCAAGGAAAAGUAUCAAAGCUCGCAAAGGGUGAGAUCCUGAUGCUUAACAUAGGGUCCAUGUCCACAGGAGCUCGAGUAGUCGCAGUAAAGAACGACCUGGCAAAAUUGCAGCUCACUGCACCGGUGUGCACGAGCAAAGGUGAGAAGGUUGCGCUGAGUCGAAGAGUCGAGAAGCAUUGGCGUCUCAUUGGCUGGGGUCAGAUUCAGGCUGGCUCAACUCUCGAAGUCCCACCCUGCCCCAUUUGAAUAGCAGAGACAAAAAAGGGAGAGAGACAGAGGAAAGCAGCAGAGAGCAGACGUAACACAAAACAGUUCAGUUUUGAGUGAUUAUGUGGGAAGGCAGGCAACUGCUGGGAACAAUCUAUAUGAGAUGGAGAAGAAAACAUGUUUUUUUUUGGAUAAUCUGGUUUUCGUUGGAUGUUUAUUCAAGAAGCUUGUUGUAGUUUUUUGCGCU